UUUACCACCUUUCUGAUAUCCACGUCUCCGAUCGUUUUCUCACAACUGCUAAAGUUCUGACAAGUUUUACUCGAAACAAACAACAUGGCAAAGAGUGUUCGAGCCAGUGUUUCCAAGCGCAACAGGGCCAAACUCCGGGCCACAGUCUUUGGCCCUGCUACUGAUGCGCGGACAGAGAGGCUGUCUGCAAAGUUGAAAGAGCUGGCUUCUCAGCCGAUAAUCAGAGAACACAAAACUUCAAGUAUGGAACUGGAUACUACAGGAACUGGUAACCAAGUCAAAUCUACAGACAGCAAACCAUCAGUAAUAAAUGAAGACAUGGACGUCGACACAAUGUCUGUUAAGCACACUCAAAGUCGCUCUAAGAAGUCAGGACGUGUUCAAAAACGCAAGAAGCCCCGUUCCUCCAUUGUCUUCCAAUCACAUCCUUCGAAAACAAAAAAGGGAUCUCAAAGGAAGUGAUUAAUAAAUCUCGAAAGCGGACGAAUGACAUCUGAAAAGCGGCGUUGGGAGUUUUAGCUUGCAAAAGGUACUUGCAUUUUUCCAGCUCCACUGCGUCAAACAUGUGGGAGCCUUAUGGUACAAAACUAUCAAGCACAACCAUCCCUGGGCGAUACUCCCAGAUUGGGACUUUGAGUUUGCAUACAGAGGUACUAGAAGGAACAUGUGCCUCUUAUCAAACCAUCAAGGAUUAAUAUUUUUGGCUUGAGACCAUUCGUUACUAUUAUUACGGCUAUCAAUUUUCCACGUAUCUGUGUUAAGGUGCAUACUCUGGGUAUCUUCAUAACAAGACGGUGUGCUUAAUGCAUGCAUAUACCUCUCUAAAGUCAUAUAAUUUAUCAACCUGCUA